UAACAUUUGGGAAGUUGAAAAGUUCCAGUCUCAAGUUAUGGUCUUUCUGGGAUUUUGAACAGAGAGAGAUAGGGAAGUGAGAGAAAUCAAAGAGGGAAAGAUGUUGGAAGGAAAAGGAAUGAUCAAGGAGACAGAUAUGACAGAUAAGAAGAUGCAGAUGCAAGCCAUGGCUUGUGCUUCUGAAGCUCUUGAUCUCCAUGAUGUUAUUGAUUGCAUCUCUAUUGCUGCCCACAUCAAAAAGGAGUUUGACAAGAUGUAUGGAACUGGAUGGCAAUGUGUUGUGGGUUCCAACUUCGGUUGCUUCUUCACACACACACCAGGGACUUUCAUAUAUUUCUCUCUGGAGACUCUUAAUUUCCUUAUUUUCAAGGGAGCUUCUUCUUGAAUUCAGCACACUAGUUCAGAAGAAAA